AUGUCCGUCUCUGUUUUUACCUAUUGUGGUUCCUUUUGCAUGUCCUAUGUACCUGCGAAGUUGUUGAUCUGGGACUGUGGUAAUGAUGGUAAUGGUCUAAAUGGUUAUGCAAUGAAUUGCUUUUACUAUUUCAGAGACAAAUCUAGGAACAGAAAGCAAAGGUCAGCACCUGAACUUAAAGAGCAAGUGAAACUCGACUUUUCAGGGGCUGAAAGGGUCACCAAGUCUUCAUGCUCAUCUGCGUCACCUCGCGGUAUACCAGAACUGUAUGAGGAGAAGGGUCACAGUCUGAGGGUCUUCUCCUUCUCAGAGCUCAGGCAUGCAACAAGUGAUUUCAACAGGCUUUUUAAGAUUGGAGAAGGUGGAUUUGGAAGUGUCUUUAAAGGUUCAGUCAAGCCUGCUGAUGGGAAUGGGAAUCCUAUUAUAGUUGCUGUCAAAAGGCUCAACAAGGAUGCAUUACAGGGUCAUAAGCAAUGGUUGACUGAAGUUCAGUUUCUUGGUGUUGUGGAACACCCAAAUCUCGUGAAGCUUAUUGGAUACUGUGCUUUGGAUGAUGAACGAGGCAUCCAGAGACUACUCGUGUAUGAAUACAUGCCCAACAAAAGCUUAGAGUUUCAUCUUUUCAAUAAAGCAUAUUAUCCUCUUCCUUGGAAAACAAGACUUGAAAUAGCACUUGGAGCAGCUCAAGGGUUAACUUAUCUUCAUGAAGAAUUAGAAAUUCAGGUAAUAUAUCGAGAUUUUAAAUCAUCAAAUGUAUUACUGGAUGACGACUUUAAGCCAAAGCUUUCUGAUUUUGGACUUGCUAGGGAGGGGCCAGUAGCUGGCGAUACUCAUGUUUCAACAGCUGUGAUGGGAACAUAUGGUUAUGCAGCUCCAGAUUACAUUGAGACAGGCCAUCUCACAGCCAAGAGUGAUGUGUGGAGUUUUGGGGUGGUGCUAUAUGAAAUGCUUACUGGCAGGCGUUCAAUGGAAAGAAACAGGCCUAAAUCAGAGAAGAAACUGGUGGAGUGGGUGAAGCAAUACCCUCCUGAUAGCAAGAAGUUUGACACAAUAAUCGAUCCGCGUCUUGAAGGAGAGUAUUCCAUCAAUGGAGCGCGAAAACUCGCCAAACUCGCCGAUCAUUGCCUGCGAAAGAGUGCAAAAGAUCGGCCAACGAUGAGGCAGGUGGUGGAGAGACUGAAGCAGAUAAUCCAAGAUUCUGAUGUAGAGCACCCUGCAGAUGACAAAAGUGUUGAGGUAUCCGAAGGUGAUCAAGUUGAAGCUGAAGUGAAGGGAAAUCAAUCAAGUUCUUCAGAGUUGUGGAAGAAGAGGAUGGAACAUCUUGCAAAACUUGGUGAACGUGUGGAGAGUACCAGUAGAAGAAAACUUAUGAUCCUUCAGAGAGCCAAUGUGUCCUCAUAG